AUGUCAGAAUCCAUUAGAUCCUGGCUUUACAAUUCCUCGCUCUCCCAAGCGGUCAACCUCGCUUCUACACCUGUGCGAGCCCAAAAGGCAGAAGAGCAAAAUCGAGCAUGGUUGAACAAUGUUGCGGCUGCUCGGACAGCGGCGAGAGGCAAAGGUGGUGUGGGUCCUCGCAGCCCAAAAGCCAAAGGCAAUGAGAAGGAGAAGGGCAAUGGCAAGGCACGUGCGCACAUGCAGGGCAAUAGCACCCAUCAUGCUGCGACUGCGGUCUCGCCCACCAGCAAUGCCAGUCGCGCGUGGACGCUGUCGCUGGACGAUGUUCCCUUUUGGCCGGGCUCCAGGGUUCAGCUGCUCAAGGUUCUUCACGCUCCUCGUCUCUCCCACCUGCGCUCAUCAAAGAAGCAUUCGGAGACCCCAGAUGAAUGUGCGUGGGUGUUGAUAUCGGAUAGGACCCACUUUUCGUACGCCAUGCUGGACGGGGCAGCAUUACGCUUGUUCGCCAAUUUGUACGCAGACAAGGAAAUGUCAGACUUUGGCGGUGCCAUUCUCGCUUUGAGGAGCGUCCGAAGUAGCAUAGCAUUAUGGCCGCUUCCAUCUGCCCCUCAUUUCGGCGACAGCACAACAUGGCACCCGAGCUACGCUCGCUUAGUGCUGCACGUCGGGGCCUUUGACCUGUUGGGCAGUCUGGGCGAAUCUCGAUUCUUUGCCGACUUGGACGACCUGCACGCAUCUCUCAUCGGCGAUCCCCUCAAGCCAAUUCAGCAGCCAAGCCCCUCCGCGCCGAUGACGGUGAACGACGGUGAUUUCACCCUUUCCCAAUUGGGUCUCAGGGACGUGGCGGAUGGACCGCAGGGAGUGGGAAGGAUAGCAGAAGGCCAGCUAGCAAAUCUCGCUUGCCUCCGAAUCUGGUUUGCCGCUGCAAGCUCGGAAGUGAGCGGCCGUUGGUUACGCUCCGUCGAAGACGCGAAAAGGCUGCAGGAGCGUGAGCUGGAGAAUCAGCAGAGAAGGGACGAUAGAGCGGCGAGAACCCUCGUGGUCGACGCUAUGCUUGCUCCAACCGAAGGUGUGCCGCCCGCUUUGAAUGGGGCAGAGCCUGCCGGGUCCCAGACCAACGAUGCCCCAGUGCCUACGUCAGAAGCUUCAGCGCAAAGUGAGAGUGAGUGCAAAGGUGCGCUGUUGCACCAAGACCGUUCAUGUAAAUUGAUCGAGCCCUUCGCAUGCCCUUCAGCGCGACAGUCCACCUCGCCCGAAAUGCCCCCUCCUGGACAGAGGCCACGUGCACUAGUCGCUUUCGCCAAAAAUGCCUCUUCUGCGAACUACGCGGAGCGAGGACGAGCUGCCACGCAUCAAGAGAGGGGACAAGCCCGAGUGGCAGACGAUGGCUGGGGAGUGAGUAGCUGCCUUGCAAUACCUCUAUCUGAGUCACGAAUGGCGCUAGUAUGAAACUCAUAUAUCCUCUCUUAAACGCGCCUCAGGACUUUUCGCUUUCACAGGCCGACGCGCAAUUUACGGCGGAAGAGCUGGAGAGGGAUCGAGAACUGAUUGAUGCCGAAGCUGCUGCUGCUGCCCACGCCACUCCUCAGCCUCAAGACGAAUCUGCCCAGCUGUCACGGAGCUCCCCGCCAGAGUACGGCUUGUCUGGUUUUCAAGCGAAGCAAGCGCACGCGGCUAGAACGAAUCUUCCUUCUCAGGGAGUCACCGCAACGUGGCACUCGAGCACGGACUCGGCCAAGGUACUAUCAUCUUCUGACCCCAAGAAUGCAGCUCGUCUGCCUUUCGUCGACAAGAGCGUUCAAAAGGACUCUUUGGAUGCGACGGGAUCAACGGGUGUGACGGAUUUGAUGGAAGCUGCCGCGCAGGCUAGUGCAGAAGCUCGUCUCGGCAAUCGUCAGCGGGAUCAAGCAGAGAGAGGGAUCGACGCCGCAGCGAGCUCUUCAACCAGAUCCGCAAUCACCCACUCGGACUCUCAGGAUGCUAGCCGACCUGAUCUGAUGCUGGGAACGCUGCCCGAAUCGAUGGAGCGCUUAUCUGCGCGUCGCGCGCCAAAGCGAAGCACCUUUAUUCCAAUGUCCGACUUUGGCGAUUCUGACGUCGAGAUGGAUGAUCAAGAUGCCGGUCCCGAGCAAAGCCAGACAAAAGCGGCUGGAGUGCGUCGUGGUCAUUCGAGCGAAAGCUUGUCGCACCUCAGCCCUUCGGCUCCUUUAAUUCCCGAGGGAAUGUCUCUGCCAUUCUUGUUUCCAUCUACCAGCUCUCUUUCUUCUUCUUCUCACCUAGUUGGAGAGUCGAGCGCCAGCAAUGGACAGAGUGGUGGACCCGCCCAAUCAGCGGGGCAAUCCCAGACGCUAUCUAGCACUUCGAACGGAUCCAUUGGGAAGCAUGACGAGCGUCAAAAUGCUCCGACAGGACAUGCAUCGGUUCCAACAUUUGAGACUGCUGCACCGCCUAUGCCAGAGUCCGCGCAUAUCACGCACGAAGCAUCUGUGCCGAAUGAGCCGAGUAAUGAGGAAGCAUCCCGUUUGAAAUCCCUUCCACCACCGUACCGCUUCAAAAGACCACCCGCGCCACCCACAUCACCGUCAAAGAUUUCUCUGAGGCGUGUCAUGCGCGGAGAGCCGCCUCCUCGGCCAGUCGAGAGCACGAGCGGACCAGUACAGCUCCACAAGAGCGCAGACAAAUCGCGUCCAUCGAGCUCAAAGACGACGGCGGACGGAAAUGAUGGAUCGGAAGGGGCGCACAACAGGCUGAUGGGAGCACAUGUCAGCAUAGCCGCAACUGCGCACAGAGCGGAUCAGGCGCACGCAUCUGAGAAUUUGCUCGCGGAGAAGCCGAUUGCCCGAGUAGCAGAUCAGCAUGAGGAAAAGUCGAUCGAGAAGAAGCUCACGGCUAAACGCAAGGCGGAGAGGAGAGAGGCGGCGAGAAAGCGCUACGAGAUGAGAAUGGCCAUGAUAGAGGAUUGA